UUUAAUAAAAAUGAAAAAAUUGUGAUUAACAUGCAAUUUUUAAAUCGAAAUUCAAAAAAAAUAGAAGAGUUCAAGAAAAUAGUUACAGAUAUGGCUGAUUCAUCUUGUGUUGUUUUGAGGUUUACUGAAGGUAUUUCAGAAGAAGCUUCAAAUUGGUUUUGCAAAAUGAUUGUAAAACCAGUUUUGUACGGUGGUGCAGGUCUUGAAGUGAAGAAAUAUGACUGUAAUGAUUCUGAAGUUUGUAAUCAAAUAUUUUUGAUAUCUGCAAGCAUUAACAAUCUAAUUUUGGCAGCUGAAAAGUUUGAACUACUCAAAAGAGAUCAAUUUGGAAAAUUUACUCCAUUUACAGUAGACAAUAGAUAUGAAUUUGAAAACUUUGAAGAUAAAAAUGAAAAUUUUUUUACUUCUUCUGAAAAGCAAUGGUUAAUAAACUCAUUACUUUCAAGUGUAGUUUGCAAUGAUGACAAAAUAAAAAAUGUUCCUGGUUUGCCAAAAAUAAAGGUUUUUAAUGAUAGGCCUCUUUAACAAAGUUUCGAUAUUGAUAGCAAAAGCAUGGAAGCCUGAGAUUGCCAAGUGUUUAGUUAUGCUUCAACGAUCAAUGCACAAAAUUGUCCAAAUUUAUCCUCUGCAUCACAUUGAAAGCCUUAAAAGUUUAGAAAAUCAAUGGUAUCUGGGAUGGGAACAACCAAUCAAUGCAAUAAAAAGUUAUUUUGGAGAAUCUAUUGCAUUGUAUUUUACAUUUCUUGGUUUUUAUACAAAGUUUUUACUGCCUACAGCUGUUAUUGGAAUACUCCAUUACUUUUUCAUUGUUGAUGAAAAUCACUCAGAAAAUGUUUGGUUUGCAGUUUUAAAUGUGGUUUGGGCUACUGUGUUCUUAGAAUUGUGGAAAAGAAAAUGUUCAGAGUCUGCAUUUAAUUGGGGUCGUCUUUCUAACAGAAUAAAAGAUGAUUUUGGAUAUAAUGAGAAACCACGUGCAUCCUUUAAAGGUAAAUUGCGAACAAGUCCAAUAACUGGAAUGCAAGAACUAUAUUACCCCACAUGGAAAAAUCAAAUGAAAUUGUAUUUCAUUUCAUAUCCACUCCUUUUAAUUUCUCUGUUGUUAGUUACUGUUGGAAUGCUUUUCUAUUUUCACUUAAAUGAAAAAGUUCAAAAGAUCUAUGUUAAUCAAACUGGUGUUUGGGUGAUGAUAGCUAAGCGAGCACCAAAAGUUGCUUAUGCUAUUUUGGUCUGGAUUUGUAGCAAUAUUUACGGAAAAGUUGCAGUUAUCUUAAACGAUUGGGAAAACCAUCGUGUUCAAUCAUCAUACAACAAUCAUUUGAUUGUUAAACUUGUUUUUUUUAACUUUGUUAACAGCUUUCUAUCAUUAUUUUACAUCGCAUUUUAUCUUUGUGAUAUGGCAAUGCUUCGACAGCAACUUGCAACAUUGUUAAUCAUUCAACAGCUGAUUCAGCAAGUUCAGGAAUCUUUUAUACCUUACCUGAAGUACAAACGUCAAUCUGUUAAAAUAAAUAAGAAUGGUAAUUGUGUUCGUUUUAAGCGAAUUCGUGAUACAAAGAAUCAAGUCAUUAAAGAAGGAAACUUGCCUCCAUAUAAUAGUACCUACAAUGACUAUGUUGAGCUGUUUUUGCAAUUUGGUUAUGUUUUUAUGUUUUCUGCGGCAUAUCCACUAGCUGGAUUUUGGGCAUUUUUAAAUAACAUUGUGGAAAUACGCACUGAUGCUUUUAAGCUUUCUAAACUUCACCAAAGACCUUUUAUUGAGCAAGCAGCCUCCAUUGGUGCCUGGCAAUUUGCAUUUGAAGUGAUGAGUAUUAUUUCUGUGAUUACCAAUUGUGGAAUUAUAGCUCUUUCUAAAAGUACACAAGAUUGGUUAAUGAACGAUCUUGGACCUUUGAAAUAUACUUUAAUAUUUGUUGCUAUUGAGCACAUGUUGAUUAUUUUGAAGAUUUUUAUUGCAUAUAUUAUUCCCGAUGUACCUGGCUUUGUUUCACAACAACUUGCUCAAGCAGAGUUUAAAAUGCAGCAAACAUUAAAAGAGAAACAGCAUCAGUUGUGUACAUUGGAAAAGCAAGAAAUUAUUUUUAAAUAGAAACAAGAAGUGCAUUAAUAUUUAGGACCUUCUCGGACCUAUUGUAAUUUUCUACUGUAAUUUGUUUUUUUAUUAUUAUUUUUAUUGUUAUUAUUAUUAUUGCUAUUAUUGUUAUUGUUGUUAUUAUUUUUAUUGCUAUUAUCAUUAUUAUUAUUGUUAUUAUUAUUAUUGAUUUAUAAUGAUAGCCUUUGAUACUCGUAACGUUGAGUCUUAGGUCUUAAAAUAAUUUUAGCAUUCAGUUUUAGGUCUUAGAUAAAAGUUUCAGCGUUAAAUUUUCUAUUUUUUUUUUGAUAAGCAUUGGUGUUUUUUACUAUCUUUUUUUAUUUUUCUAAUUUUAUGUAAUUUAAUUAAUCAUGAAUGUAAAUACUUUAUUAAAAAAAACCAUAUUUAUUAUUUUGUUGCAGAUAAACACAGUCAAUUGU